CAUGCCUGGAUGUGCUGGGGGUCAGAAACGGAGUCUCUCAGUGAGUCUGAGAAGAACAGCGACUUCCAGUCUCUUCUCAGCUGGGAUUCAAGCUUGGAUUUAGAAGUGGGGAGCUGGAGGAAUACCGAAGAGACAGCCAUAAGGGAGCUAGAGGAGAGCAGCCAAGAGGAAGAGUGCAAGCAGUUCAGUGAGCCUCUCUGGGAGGAUGACAGUGAGGACUGCCAGGAGGUGGUGACGCAGUGUGACCAGGAGAGUCUCCUCCAGUUCCUCGCAGAGGUAACCCACUUAAUGGAACCUCUCCGCAUUAGCAGCACAGAUUCAGCACAGAGUCACUGGGACUUUUGUGGCUCUGGGAAACAGGAUAAGGGGGAAGAUGUAAGCUGCCAGGAAAAGAGCAUGGGGUCAGCAGUCUCAGAAGUGGAAGAAAGUCACCUGCAGACCCCGUCAGAAGAAGAUAAGAAAGAGCAUUUACCAGAAGGAGAGGUAUGGGAGAGGUGGUCUUAA